AAUAGACAAGGCUUGGUCGAGGCAACGUGUUCCCAACAUUGCUUGAGCACAGGUCACCCGGCUGCAGACUGGGCUGCACACUAUUUGUGGAAUAAAGUCAGUCUCAAAGCUCUGAGGGGUUUUCAUUUCCACCAAUGGAUCUGGGAUGCUCUGAAGCCUUGUUGAGUGACAGCAUGAAAAAUGAGGGUGAAUUUUUCCAGAGCAGAGUGGCUUUAUGAAUCUUGCAGAGUGGACACGUGUGAUUAGGAAGAAUGCACCUGAGAACAGAGUCUUCUUUUCUUCCUCUCUGCCUUGAGUGAAUGAAUGGGCUUUCCUACAUUAACUCACCAUUCUGUGAGUGUGAACCAGCGUCUGAUUGAGAUCACCUCAAGUUGCCCAUGUGACGUGUUUUACCCACAGAGACAUGUCCAACGAUACCUGCAACCUCCCCUUGGACACGGACAUAUUUGGCCUGACCUUUAUUUAUGGCCUCAUCUUCACUCUGGGUCUCCCCAGCAACCUGCUGUCUCUUUGGGGAUUGUACCACCUGGGGCGCUCAGGUGGUGGAGGAUGUCAGCUGGUCUACAUCCUCAACCUGCUGCUGUCAGACCUCCUCCAACUGCUCACACUGCCCUUAUGGAUUCUUUACCUCCAGGGUCCACACCAAUGGCCCUAUGGCCAGCUAACCUGUGAGCUAGUUGGCUACGUGUUUUAUGUGAACGUCUAUGCAAGUGUCAUGUUCCUGUGUCUGAUAGCUACAGACCGCUGCCUGGCUAUUGUGUACCCAUUCAGCAGCCGCAGGGUGCGAACAGUCAGAGUAGCAGCAGUGUCAGGUGUAGCGGUGUGGAUCCUAACCUUCCUGUUCUGUCUGAGUGGGCUGCUGCCAUCUGUGUUCAACUCUGACAGACUGCUGUGCUUGGAGCAGUACCCCGUCAGCCCCCGAUAUGCUCAAUUUAAGAUCGCCACUGUGGUUCUAGGCUUCCUGUUGCCAUGUACCAUCCUAGGCUACACCUCGGCCCACAUUGGGGUGACACUCAGGCAAUCUCCAUCCCUCUCCGCCCAUGAACGGCACAAAAUCGUAGGAAUUCUUGUCGUGAUUACUGUCAACUUCAUUGUUGUCUUUGGACCCUACCAUCUGGUAGGCGGAUACAGGUUUGUAUCCUUGCUGCUGACUGAUGAGCCAUGUGAACUGGAGCAUUCACUUUUCCUCAUCUAUCGCCUGUGCUAUGGUUUGACCAGUCUCAACACUUUGCUGGAUCCCCUCUUCUACAUCUUCCUCUGCCCUGAUGCUCGGCUAGAGCUGCAAAGGUCCCUGCCCUGUUUGGGAAGAGGGCAAAACCCAAGCAAAAGCAUGACUCUUAGUACCAGAGCUCACCCAGACACCAAGAGGGUGAGUGAAAAUAGACAGAGUAACCUUCUAGCAAUAUAGUUUGGACUUGACCACAAUCAAAGCAAUUGCACCACCCAGUGGGAAGACAUAUGUUGAGUUUAUGUCCUCUCAGUGAAUGCAUGUUUAUGCCUCACAGUGUUUCUACCUUUUCAUCUAAAGAAUUAUUUGGGCAUUCACAGUUCCUCAUCUAGAUACUGCUUAAAGGUAGGAGAGGAAAAAAAUAUACUUUUGUGCAAACAGUGACUUCUGCUUACAUGUAACUCAGCUGAAAUAUGGAAAUUCACAGUUUCAUAUUUGUCAAAACUGCACAUCCAUAACUACUGUGAGUUCAUGAAGCGAUUGUUUUCUACUGCUCGGUUUACGAUCAUUAAAAACUGCAUUUAAUCACA